AUGUCAGAAUUCAGCCAAACCAUGACACACGAGGACAAGUUGAGCAAGAGUUUACGAUUAUGGUCUCGCAAAACGCGUAAAGAGCAUAAUAGCAUACGUGUUGCAUUGGAGAUUAUCAUCAACGAGGCAAUAAAAUUGAACAAUGCAGCUAAUAGCUCUGAAGAAUUGAAGCAGGUGCCUUUGAAUGAUGACGCGCGGGAAGUGGAUCGAAGAGAUGACGUGAUCGAAGCAUACAAGAAACCAAAGUAUAGGUACAACAUGACAUCAGGGACGAGACAGCUCAAAUUUGGAACACCAGAAAUGAAAAUACGAAGAUAUUUUCAGUACUUACAACUCCAGCAAUACAAGACGGAUCAUACUGAACAAAGCUUAGAUGUGGUCACCAAAGCCAAAAUUGUUGCCAAAGCGAAUAGAGAGUGGAGACAUGUAUCUUCAUUUGAGCGAUAUGUUUUGAAAGUCAAUUACGAAAACUUGCUUUUCAAGGGCAAGGAUAUUAGUCAAGAUGGCGAGAGUAUAGUUCCCGUGGAAGAGAGUGAAGGGUAUGAUGGUGUUGUCCAUAAGAUUCUCGGUGAAGUUGAGCCUGGGACUGAAGGCAAGAAAAAAAGGAGGAUACCACUUUUGAAAUUGAUUUUAAAUGAAAUGACGGGGUAUGUGCAUGUUCAUGGACUUUGUGAGUUUCAUGUGUGGAAUUACUACUUGGGAAGGGAGUGUGUUUCCAGAGUCGGUGUUGGCGAUAUCAUCAAAUGUGAGAAUGUUUCUGAAGUAAUUGAUCAAAUUGAAAAGGAGUGGAUUGAAAUGACUGUUUCACAAAGGAAUAACAUCAGAAUGGAAUAUAUGAAUAUGCUAUCUCGAGGCAAAGACUUACUUCAUGGAAAAGUUGUACCAAUUGAAGAGAAACGAGAUGCAAUUGACAAACCAAAGCAGUACCUUGUUGUUCGAAUCCGAGGUGAUUCUAGUUCAUUCAAUAUUUUCGACUGCGAAGUUUCGCCAAGCAAGUUUACAAUUACCCAGCCAUCCAAAUUGCGAUUUAUCAAGAAUACAUUCGUGGGCAACACAAUUGUUGUUGGGGAUUUAAAUUUGGUACAUGCAUGGAACUAUUUUGUUUAUAAACAACAACAACAACAACAACAACAAAAGGAGCCACAGCAUGACGGUGUCUAUGAUGCAGUACAAUUGCAGCAAGGCUUGAUGCGCCAAUGGAAUGAACAGCUGGAUGAUAAGAAAAAGCAGCAAUACUUACAAGAAUACAAAUCAUUGUUGGUGUCGGGACACGACAUUUACAUGGGUGAAAAAGUGCCUAUUGAAACCAAAAUGGCUAAAACAGGGGUCAAGAAUUUAGUUGUAGAUGUAUGGGGACAGCCAAUCACGCUAGGAACUGGUGCUAACGUAAAGGUUGCUCCGUUACCAAUAACGAUCGAUGAAACACAUGACAAGGUGUUGGUGUUGAGCGAUAUUGCUGAUGUGCAUGCAUAUAAUUACUAUUUGGCAAAACAGUUGCAAGAGCAUAGCAGUCAAGGCGGUGGUGAGGGUGGCCUUGAUUAUUCGUUGAUACCUCGAUUUCAACAAGAAUGGCUUGAGUUUACGCCCGAUCACAGACGUAUUUACGCUGACGAAUAUUUGCAAUUGUUGAGCAGUGGGAAAGAUUAUGCAUUUGGUAAAAUCGUUCCAGUUGCAAAUAAAUUGAAACUCUCCAUCUAUUCCAAACCACUGAAGCUAGUUGGCCCCGGUACAAAAUCUGCUUUUUAUCCAGUGACUAGUGCAGGAAAGGCUCAACUAGCAAAAAGCAAAGAAGGGGUUAUUGUUUUUGAUGAUAAGAUCUACGCAAAUGCACUCCCAUACUACAUGUAUUCACGCAAGGCUGUGGAUACUACUGCGAUUGAUUCUAGCCAGAUUGUUGAUGAAUGGACCGAGAUGUCCGAUAAAGAGAAGUUUGAAGUGCAAGAGGCAUACGACAUGAUGGUUGAUGCGGGGUUUGCAAUGGUGAAUGGAGUGCUUAAGGAUAUGCGACAAGAGGAGGAUAUGUAA